GUCAAACCAGGACCCGGGCUAUUGUGAAAGAGAAAUUAGAUUAGCCUCGUCUCUCGACUUUUGGACUCUCUCCUCUGAAAACUUGAUAGGUACAUUUUGGCAUCGUUUGCCAGUCUUGCUCACAUCUGGAUAUGUGAGUCCUGCUCGUGGGUGUACUGAGCUGUGAAAUUGUUUGAUAUUUGGUAAUGUUGAACCUACUUGUAGCCAGCCCAGGGAAUAAUGGAGAAUGUACGGGAUUAGUACCUGAUAUGGGUUAGAAAGACCUUGUCUUAAUUCUGUAGCCAGCCAAGGGAAUACUGGAGAAUGUACAAGGAUUUCUCUCUCAUAUGGGUUAGAGAGACUUUUUCUUAAUUCUGUAGCCAGAUCUACUCUUCUCAUGGUAAUGAGAGAGCGUAUCUAUAACAGAAAUCCGUGAUAUAAUUAAUUCGAUAUGUGCACACAAACACAGAGCUAAUGAGAGAAAGUGUAAGCAUGAGGGAUACAGAAAUACAAGAAACUUACUCUGUCCUCAAAAAAUUCACUCUUAUGAGGAAAUAGACCAGCAAAUAGGCAACUGCAACUGUCUGAUAUUUUUUCUUGUUCGUCUGAACCUUGCUUUUUGCAUAAAAGAGUGCACGUACACAUAUAGCUGAGCACAUUAUUUUAUGUUUAUCUUCAAAGUAUUGUUUUUUUACUGAAUAAAAGCAUAGAAUAAAGAAGUUUAUUAAAAUAAACCAACUUCGUGAGGUUUUUUUCCCCCCAGUCUUGAAGAAUAUUAUGUAAAAAACAUGUCAGGUGCUUUACAAAUAAAUGUUUUGAUAUGCACCUGUGGCUUAUCUUGAUACGGGUUUAUAUAUUUAGAAACGUCUAACAGGUAGAAUUUGCCUAGUAGAGUGUAGUGAUAAACAGGUGUACUUGCGACAAUCCAAUGACCUAGAUGUAGUCAUCUGCUGUUUUUCAGAUAAGGAAACAGAUACAGAGGAAUUAAGUGUCUUGCCCAAGCUCACAUAGUUGACAGAUGUAGCUCUACACAAUUCUGUCGGGCUAUUUUCAUUUAGAAAUUGUUCUAAAUUUCUGGGUAGAUUUUUUUACCCAGAUUAAAACAAAAUACUUGGCUCUUAGAAAGGUGUAAUGUUGCAAGGCUAAGUUGGGAAGCAGAUGAAAUUUGUGAAGGCUUCCAGUAUUAGAGUAGAGCUAAACUCGUGAUGGACAAUCACCCACCAAUAGGACAUGCAGAAUACAUACUGGUUCUUUUGACCCAACUAGACCAAGCUUGAGUCCAGGAAGUUAAAAACAUUGUCUGAGCUGUGCAAGUAAUUGCCAACGAACAGACUCCUCUUGUGCACAGGCUAGAAAUGACUUUGGUCUUUUCGACUGCACUUACACAAAUGAAACAACCAGUUUUGACUGAUAAAAAUGGAAUAAGUGUGUAAUUGAAAGCAUUUUCAAAGUUGUUUGGAUGUUGGAGAGUUGGUUACACUUUAAGACAUUUUUCUUUCUAUAAUGAUGAUACUAUUGAAAACAUUAUCUACAGUAGGGCCAGACUUCACAGCCAGGAGAGAUUAUAUACAUAAUACUGUAUAUGUAUUAACCAUGUCUUGGUUCACAGUACCACAUAAAAACAUCUCAUCCUGAUGUUAUUAGAUAAAUGAUCAAUAAAUUAUCAAAGUAACUGUGGUAAGAUCAUUUAUGGAGAGAAGAGGUUCAAACAUAGUUGCACUGAAGGGUAAGCAGUUUUUGUGGAUUUCAUAUUCUCAGGCAAAACUGAAUUCUAAAGAAUUUAAUUUUGGAAUUACUGAUUUCUCUGAGAUGUUAAGAUAAAGGGUUGUACUUUGGAAUUUUCUUUGGGUGUUUUAGUGACUGACGAGCUGGUUAAAGGGGCACAAGGUGAGGAGUGGGGACCUCUGAAGCAGUUAGUCUUUUUGGUUCCUUGGCCAGUGAUCACGUGCAUUGACCGAACAGCUAUGGUACCAAAGUGGGAAUGGAUCAGUACAAAAUCCUAUGUUGCCGGUUGAUCCUGUUAAAGAAAAUUAUGUUCGUAAAGUGAAAAACUGUAUUUUUUCAAUGGCCUUCCCUACUCCUUUCAAAUCAAGAGUACGUCUGAUAGCAGUUUCAAAGGAAGUUCUGGAAGAUAUUUUGGACCUUGAUUUAUCUGUCUCAGAAACAGAUGAUUUUAUCCAGCUUGUAAGUGGAGAAAAGAUACUAUUUGGGUCCGUUCCGUUGGCUCACAGAUAUGGUGGCCACCAGUUUGGGAUAUGGGCAGACCAGCUUGGAGAUGGAAGAGCCCAUCUUAUCGGAAUUUACAUGAACAGGCAGGGUGAAAAGUGGGAGCUCCAAUUAAAAGGCUCAGGAAAGACCCCAUACUCUCGAGAUGGCGAUGGCAGAGCUGUACUUCGCUCCUCAGUGAGAGAAUUUUUGUGUAGUGAGGCUAUGCACUAUCUUGGGAUUCCAACCAGCAGAGCUGCGAGUCUGGUUGUAAGUGAUGAUGGAGUAUGGCGAGAUCAGUUCUACAGUGGAAACAUCGUGCAAGAACGAGGUGCAGUAGUGCUGCGUGUUGCAAAAUCAUGGUUUAGAUUUGGAUCAUUAGAAAUUUUGGCUCAUGAUGGUGAACUGGAUUUACUAAGGACAGUGUUAGACUUCAUCAUCCAGGAACAUUUCCCCUCAGUGGAUGUCAAAGAACCUAAUAGAUACGUGGAUUUUUUUUCUAUUGUGGUAUCUGAGACAGCACAACUUAUUGCCUUGUGGAUGUCUGUUGGUUUUGCUCAUGGUGUUUGUAAUACUGAUAACUUCAGUUUGUUAUCCAUUACAAUUGACUAUGGUCCAUUUGGUUUUAUGGAGGCCUAUAAUCCAGAUUUUGUACCAAACACAUCUGAUGAUGAAAGAAGAUAUAAAAUAGGAAAUCAGGCCGAUAUUGGGAUGUUUAAUUUAAACAAGUUGUUACAAGCUCUAAACCCACUACUGGAUCCCAGGCAAAAGCAGCUUGCUGCUCAGAUUCUUGAGGGGUAUCCUGAUCUUUAUUAUACAAGAUUUAGAGAAUUGUUCAAAGCCAAAUUGGGGUUACUUGGAGAAAGGAAGGGUGAUGAGGAGUUGAUUGCAUUUCUCUUACAUCUCAUGGAAAAGACAGAAGCUGAUUUUACCAUGACGUUUCGGCAGCUCAGCGAGAUUACUCGAGACCAGUUACAGGAGCUCGCUGUUCCUCAGCAAUUCUGGGCACUGAAGAUGAUUUCAAAGCACGAACUCUUUCCUGCCUGGGUGUCCCAGUACCUUCUGAGACUGAAGAGUAACAGGAAUGAUUCAGAUUCUGAAAGAAGAGAAAGAAUGACAACUGUUAAUCCCAGAUAUGUGCUGAAGAACUGGAUGGCAGAGUCUGCAGUGCAAAAAGCAGAAAGGAAUGAUUUUUCAGAGGUCCGUCUUCUCCAGCAAGUUCUUCAGCAUCCAUUCCAGAAGCAUUCUGCAGCUGAGAAAGCAGGCUACUCCUCACCUACUCCUUCUUGGGCUAAAGAUCUCAGGGUCAGCUGCUCAUCUUAAUUUUGGGGAAAAUAAAUUAAGGAAUACUUCUGUCAUUGAACUCAACAUAGAAUAAUCUAUUUGAUAAAUUCUUAAUGACCAUCUACAUUUUGAUGACAAUCCUACAUUUCAUAAUAAUGAUUAUACAUAAAAUUUUUUUGUGUGUGUGUGAGGAGAUCAGCCCUGAGCUAACAUCUGCCAAUCCUCCUCCUUUUUUGCUGAGGAAGACUGGCCCUGGGCUAACAUCCGUGCCCAUCUUCCUCCACUUUAUAUGCGACACCGCCACAGCAUGGCUCGCCAAAUAGUGCGUCAGUGCGUGCCCGGGAUCUGAACCGGUGUACCCCGGGCUGCCUCAGUGGAGUGCGUGCACUUAACCGCUUGCGCCACCGGGCCAGCCCCUAAAAAUAUUUUUUAAUAAAAUAAACUGGACCUAUUCUUUGGAA